GGGCGCCAGUGAAAAACGCACAGACGUAGGAACAACGGAUACAGUCACGAAAUGACGGGAACCUUCAAGCCAACAGCAACAGCGGUUGGCGGAAGAAAACCGGCUUGAGGAUUGAUUGUCGACGAGAGGACUCCCGAGGCAUAAUGAAUGGGUUGAGGUGCUAGCCGGUGAAGGGGACAGAGGGCACAUCCUCGAUUCCGUCGUUAAGACUCUCUACCUACUCCGACAAUACAUCGACUGGCAGCAACACCCCCGAGGGAUUCGAGCAAAUGUUUAACCCCCGAUUCCUCGUCAUUAGCCUGGGCAAUCCGGCGCCCUACGUGGGAACGCUGCACUCAGUCGGCCACCUCGCCGUCGCCUCCCUCCAGAAGAUCCUCUCCCCCGAGCAGCCUCCCUUCGCGUCGGAGCGUCACGGAAAGAAGUCGGUCCUCGCCUCGGCCGGCCCCAAAUACACCCUCCUCCAGAGCCCCACGCUCAUGAACAUCUCGGGGCCGUGGGUCGCCAAGGCGUGGAAGGAGAUGCUCGCGAACCGGGGCCUGGCCCCCGCGGACCUGUCCCUCGUCCUCGUGCACGACGACCUGGAGGAGGACCUCGGGGUGGUCAAGAUACGGCAGUGGAGCAGGAGCCACCGCGGCCACAACGGCGUCAAGAGCGUCAACUCCAGCCUCCUUCCAAAGGACUACAAUGACCCGAGGUGGUCGCGCAUCUCGGUCGGCAUCGGGCGCCCCGAGGGGAGGGAUAGGACUACCGUGUCGGACUACGUCUUGAGGGAGAUGACCAAGUGGGAGAAGUCGGUCAUCGAGGAUAAGGCGACACCGGCUGUUUUGGACGCCCUCUUGGAGUUGGAAAGGAAGUGGGAGAGGGAAUCCGAGGAGGCUGGAGGGGAGGAGAAAAGACAGCGUUGAUAUACCCAUACCCUGCUUAGAACAAUGCCUCGGCAACGAGAUGUGUCCCCUUUCUGCAUCAGAAAUGCAGUUGCUUAAUCACGCAAGGAUCUAUU